CAGUUAUAGUUAACACGUGUAGUGAAACAUAUACUCGUUAUUGAUGUGCGACACGUGUUUUGGACAAUAAAAGCGAAAACAAACGUUUGUUAUCAAUAAUUACUACCACUUUGUGACCGCUUUAGUCAUAUAGUGACCACUGACCACAAUGUCGAUCGGUGUGCCCAUCAAAGUGUUGCACGAGGCUGAGGGUCAUAUCAUCACAUGUGAGACCAAUACAGGCGAUGUCUAUCGCGGCAAACUGUUGGAGGCCGAGGAUAACAUGAACUGUCAAAUGGCCAACAUUACGGUCACCACACGGGACGGUCGGGUCUCACAAUUGGAGAAUGUGUUCAUUAGGGGAUCGAAAAUCCGUUUUCUUAUAUUACCGGAUAUGUUGAAGAAUGCACCCAUGUUUAAGAAGGUGGGCGUCAAAGGGACACAACAACAGGCCGGCAGAGGAAAGUCGGCUAUACUUCGAGCGCAGGUGGCCAGAGGUCGAGGUCGGGCCAGAGCUAUGAUCACCAGAAGAGGUCGUUGAGACCAUUGCUUUCAAUCAUUGCUUUUCAUACAUCCAGAAGACAAACCACACCAUUGAUAACACCAUAUGAUUGAAUAGAUCAAUGAAUUUGACAUUAAUUUAGUUUUUCUAAUAUUUUUUUUGUAUCGAUAUAAAUAUUGAUUUAUAUAUACAUAUAUCAAAUCAUUAUUAUUAUAAUUUAAUAGUCUUAAUAUCA